AUGAAACAUGAGAGGGAACCCAAUGGUCCCGUGUCCGACCCGGAUUGCCAGAGGGCCGUCGCCGCCACGGACCCGGUGGACGCGGCGCCGGCGGCAGAGCCAAGCUUGAGGGCAGAGCCGGUAUCACGGGCUGUAUCGACGCCGUCAACACCAUCGUCACCACCGCCACCCCAAGUCGUUCACCAACCUGACCUGCACCGUGUGCCCACCGCCAUUCUCGAAAAGAUGGCAACCGUCCCGGCCAGCCAGGUCCUCACGGGUUCACAUGAUGUCGAGGCUGUGUCUCGCGUUGCCAGCGCGCCGUACAGUGCCUUCCCACGCCGGACCAAGAUAUGGAUUACUACCAUGGUCACCAUUGCCAGCGUCAUCUCGCCAAUGACGGCCAACGUCUAUUUUCCUGCGCUGGACUCCGUUGCCGACGACCUCAACGUGUCAAUCGCCUUGAUCAACCUCACCUUGACCACUUACAUGAUCUUCCAGGGGCUGGCGCCCACCAUAUUUGGCGACUUUGGCGAUACAGCAGGUCGCCGUCCAGCAUUCACGCUGGCCUUUACCAUUUACUUGUUUGCCAACAUCGGACUGGCCUUGCAGCGCGACUACACUGCUCUCUUGGUCCUGCGCUGCCUGCAGUCAGCCGGCAGCAGCGGCACCCUCGCCCUGGCGUAUGCCGUUGUUGCUGACAUUGCUUCCAGCGAAGAACGCGGCCGCUACAUGGGACUUGUCGGCGCGGGCGUCAACUUUGGCCCUGCCGUCGGGCCGGUCCUGGGCGGCGUUCUAAGCCAUGAGCUUGGAUGGCCCUCCAUCUUCUGGUUCUGUGCCAUCUUCGUCUUCGUGUGGCUCAUCCCAUGGGUCUUGUCUGUGCCGGAAACAUGUCGCAAUGUUGUCGGCAACGGCUCUGUGCCGCCGCCAAGAUGGAACAUGACGGUGAUUGAUCUCCUGCGGCCGGGCGGCGUCAACCAGAGGCCAGCGUCGGCGCCCAAGGUCAAGAUUCGCGUGCCGAAUCCCCUGCGCACUCUUUCCAUCGUCUUCCAAAAGGAAGAGGGGCUCAUCCUCUUCAUAUCCGCCAUCAUGUACGUCAACUUCAUCCUCAUUGGUGCCACGCUCUCCAUCCUCUUCAAGGAAAUCUACGAGUACGACGACCUCGAGGUAGGCCUCUGCUACCUCCCCUAUGGCGUGGGCUGCUGCAUGGUCAUGCUGCUGCAGGGGCACAUUCUCGACCGAAACUUUGCCCGCAUCGCCAAGAAGUUGGGCAUGGCGACGAGCCGCAAGAGGGGAGAGGACAUGCUCAGUUUCCCCAUUGAGUCUGCUCGCAUACAGCCCCUGUAUCCUGCCAUUACCGUUGGAGCGGCUGCCCUCAUCGGAUGGGGGUGGUCGCUGGAGGCCGAAACAACCGUGGCUGUGCCGCUGGUCCUGCUCUUCAUUGUCGGCAUGCUGGUGCCGUCGUCGUUUGGUGUCCUCAACACGCUGCUGGUCGACCUCAACGAGGACGCACCGGCCACGGCCGCCGCAGCCAACAAUCUGACCCGAUGUCUUUCUGGCGCUGCCGCCACCGCCAUCGUCGACCAAAUGUUUGAUGCCAUGGGCCGCGGCUGGACAUUCACCUUGUUGGCUUUGCUGAUGGUCGCAUGCCUACCUGGGUUGCGCGUUCUGGAGAAGCGUGGUCCUCGCUGGAGGGCAGAGAGGGCAAGGCAAAAGGCAGACAAGCAAGACAACUAG